AUGUCUGUCACCCGGCGAAACGGUCAAUUACCCUCUUGCGAGCCAUGUCGGAAGUCUAAACUCCGAUGCGACCAUGUAAAGCCCUUGUGUGGCCGCUGCGUUCGGCGCAAGACAGAACACCUCUGUAUCUACCACCCAGCACCAUUAACGCGAUCCCCAUUGGACAGUUCGAGGCGCCCGAGUGCCUCCAAUACACAGGCUUCGUCCUCAGGGGCUAAAUCUACCGACUACCACAGAGGACCGUGGUAUCAUAAGAAAGCCUCGCUGACACCCGGCUUCCUUGGUCUUACAAGUUAUUCCGAGGCAUAUAACGACAAUGCCAGCGAUUUGAGAAUGGAGCAUCCUUCUCUGACUCCGGGACCGAUCCCCGUGGAUGAGCACAAUCUAAAGACCGGCGCUCGCGCGCUUUUGGUGCUGAAAGACCUCCCGCUGUUUCGCAAGUUGAUCAGUACUCGCUAUAAGAUGUACGAGGGAUACACGCUGGGGAAGCCGAUCGCAUAUAUGGUGCUCAAUGGCAUGGAAGAAAUGUGGAAUGUAGCACACAGGGAAGAGCCAGAAGAAGCGAAAUGCACACUGCUUCUCUCCCGGCAACUUUUUGAAAGAACCACGCAGCCGUUUACCAUCACCCCCGAUAUGUCGUGGGCGGAAUUCGCAUCAAUGGCAAAUGGACGCUGGGAGGCAGUCGGUCUUUUGAUGACUAUCGUUGGCAUAUCAACCCGAUCUUCCAUUCCACCUAGCCAAAUCGAACCACCUUGUGCGGAUACAGAUAGCAUCGCCGUUGCAGCAGCCGGAGUGGGGGAUCUCUGUCUCCAAUUUUGCGACAGUGCUGGCGUAGUCAAUGAUAUAGUAUGCUGGCUGCUGCUUUAUCAUAGCAUGCUUCUCACCAUAGUCUAUGGCGACUGGGACUACCGCCCAUGGAGAAAAAUAGGCGAGCUAACGGCCUCAGUCUAUACGAUUGGGAUGCACCAAGAGUCCCCCGACCUUCCAUUUUUCAUUCGGGAGCUACGGAGACGUACAAUGGCAACUGCAUACACUUUCGACAAGGCGCUCGCGUCGUUUCUUGGUCGUCCACCCCUUAUCCCCUGGAGAUAUUGUAAUUUCAACAUGCCUUUAGAUCUCAACACAGACGAGGUCGUUGCCGAGCCGUCGAUGCGAGACGCUGCGAUUGAGACGCUCGAUGAGCAUGGCUGGAAUAGCAACGGCUAUCUUGAUAGAGGUGCAAGCGUGCGCGUCUUCCUUUUGACCAGUAUUUCCCGCGAGAGAGUCCUCGAGCUCUCUCUCGACAAUCGAACAGAAGGCUUCGCAGAGAGAGUUGAAGAAUUAUCAAAGCAGUUCUCCGAGCAGUAUCGGAACAUGCCUGCUUACCUCCACUGGGAAAAUAGGGCGCAGUAUGAACAGCCACAGGUGGCAGGUCGAUUCCUCGUUCAUGACCUAUAUCUUGAAUUUCUAUACAAUGAUUUUCUCUUACAUCGAAUUCUAGCCAAGCGAACAAACACGCAAUCAGAGAGGGGAGUCGCCAUCUCCUUGGAGAUCUUGAAUGCCAUUAUUACCGCAACAUCAUCAAUGCAUCGAAUUGCAACAUGGAACCUUUGCAAUGCCGGGAUACCUUCAGCAGGUGUUCUCUGUGGGGAGCUACUGCGUCGCUCUCGAUCCCAAAUGCCCUAUGCCUAUGAGUUCCCCCGCUCAGAGAUCAUCCAGAAAUUGAGCAUCUUUGCCUCCCAUCUAGAAACAAUGGUUGGUCCCAACGAGGGCAAUUAUCAAAUCGCUCAACAGGGCCAGCGAGCCAUUCGGCAUGUGUUGGAUCAGAUACUUUCCGCCCCGAACGCGACUCCGGCUCCCUUGACGGCCCCAACACCUAUCUCUGACACUGAUAUGAGUGCCGGGCAGGAGGUGCUGUGUGCGGAGCUGCUGGACAACAUGGACGUUGGCGAUCGAGUGCAGUUCUUGCAUUGGCUGGAUGGACGAGCCGACACUCACGAGCCGUGGCUUACGUGGAUGAACUUUGGCUAG